GAAAAAAGGGAAGGAUGAUCUACCUUUGCAGCGGAUUUCUGUGGACAAAUUGGAAAUCAAUAUGGAAGUAGAUCUGGAGAGAGCCUUAGAACUUUGUGGUGCUGGGAAAUACCAAGUUUUCCACUGUAUCCUGAUGGUUACGAUACUCGGCGCUGCUAUGUUAGAGAUGAUUGGAUCUUCCUUCAUCUUACCAGCUGCUGCCUGUGAUCUAGAUAUUCCUGAUAAUUUGAGGGGAAUUAUUGCUUCAAUUCCUAAUAUUGGCGUGAUACUAACGGCGCCAUUCUGGGGCCGCGCUGCUGAUACUUUCGGCAGGAAGCCAGUGCUGCUGCUGUCCACCGCCGUGGCAGGAGUGAUUGCCCUAGCUUCUUCCUUCAUGCCAAAUCUACUCAGCUUCGCUCUGUGCAAGUUUGCCGGCUCGCUCUUUUUAUCCUGCCCUUCCUCUCUUGGCUUUGCGUAUGCUGGCGAGCUGAUGCCACGGAUGAGGAGAGAUCUGGCCGUGCUGGUGUGCAACGCACUACUUAUGCUGGUUGCAUCUUUGUGCCCCAUCUUCUCGUGGGGCGUGCUGUCCUACGACUGGCACACCCUUGGCUUGCAGCCCUGGCGGGUGCUCACGGCGGUGCUCGCCACCCCCCUCGUCCUGGCGGCGCUGUGGCUCACGCAGGCGAGGGAGAGCCCCAAGUUCCUGAUGACGAACGGCAAGCCGACGGAGGCCUUGGAAGUUCUGAGGCACAUUUUUGCUCGCAACAGCGGGUGUGCGAAGAAUAACUACUGUGUAAUAAGCGUAGCUUGUGUCACAUCACUGAAGAGCGAUGAGGACAAACCGGAUGGCGGAGACAAGCAAACUGCGCUGGCUUUGCUGCGACCACCGCAUCUCAAAUGGCUGGCGUUGACUGGCUUCCUAAUGUUCGGAUUGUUUUCAUUAUUGAACGGGCUGUUCCUAUUCUCCCCGAACACGAUAAACAAGAUCAUGUCGCAGGCAGACCAGCACGCUACUAUAUGUAUGUUGAUGAACCAGCCUGAAAACCAGACGUCCAACACGACCUGUGUGGACAGCAUAUCCCACGGAACCUUCCAGAUAACAGUGGUAACGUCGGUGAUCUACGGCACGCUCGUGCUGUUGGUCAGCCUCAGUCCACUCACGAAGAAGGCCUUGCUGGUGGGCAUGUACGCCCUCGUUGGAGCCACCUGCCUCGUCUCUGCCUUGACGACCAACAGGAUAAUCGCCGGUAUAUCCAUGUCUGCUCUCCAGAUAACUGCUCUGGGCAUCGGACCGCUGUGCGCCUACACAGUGCAGCUCUUCCCGACCAGUUUACGCGGCACGGCAGUCGGAGCAGUGCUGAUGUUCGGCAGACUAGGUUCCGUGAGCGGCGCUAACGCUGCGGGGAUCUUCUUGGCUGGAGCCUGUACUGCAACUUUCUACGGGUUCGCGGCACUAUUGUUCUUGUGUGCAGGUCUCAGUUUUCUUCUACCCAGGGAUCAGCCGGCGAGCAAAGUUGGAUGACGGACCAAUACAGUGAAUUAUGAGUACUUAACAUUGAGCAAUAAUGUACUACGUACUAGAGCAGUCAGGUUCAUUUCCAUUGACUGUAAUGGCCGAUAUUCACGUCAUCAUUCUCAGAUAAAUAAUGUAAUGUAGGUGGAUACAGGCGUCCCAUGAGAGAGAGAUUU